UGAAGUUUUUCAUUGUUCUUGUGGUGUGGAACAGAAUCAAGGGCUUCGUGAGAGUCAAUUCAGCUCAUUUUGGGUGAGUAGGAAUCAGAAGAUUUUGGAUUGGCUAUUGUAUGAAUCGUCUGCUAUUAUAUGUCUCCAGGAGUUCUGGGUUGGAAAUUAAGAAUUUGUGAAUAUGUACCUGAAGAGGCUUGGUGAUGCUGGCUAUAGUACCUUCAAGCUUGCCCGAACUAACAACCGUGGAGAUGCUUUCAACUACUGAAUAGGAGCGAACAAGUCUCAAUAUCCAAUUUACAAAAGAAGUCUUAAGAAGGUUGUGUGCAUAUAUAUAUAUAUAUAUAUAUAUAUAUAUCAUUAUGGCUAAUGGUAGACAAGGUCCAAGGUUUCUACAUCAAUUGCGGACAAAAGCACUGCCACAGCACCAAAUGCGAUCAUCUACUCAAAAGAUUUCAAAGCUUGCAAAGUCUUUAAGUAAGCCUACAACACCAGCACAAGCACCGGCAGCCCCAUUGCACUCAUCAGUAGAGCAGAUUAUCACUUCCAUUCCUACUCAUGUUCCAAAACAUCAUUGUCCACCUCAAGUUCAAUCAUCACCACUUAUGCGAAUGCUAAGAUCAGCUUCUGUUAAGCAAGGGUCAACUUCUAUUAACCAAGGAUCAACUUCUAUUCAACAAGAAUCAACUUCAACUGCAAAUGCCACACAGCCUACUCAAGUUGCUUGUUCCCCCACGGUAGAAGAGGGCACUAAUACUAAUAGCAGUGCAGUUCGCAAGAAAGUACGUGGUGAGACUCGAUGUCUUGAGCUAUCCAAGAGGAAGCGUGAUGGUGUUCAACUUGAUAUUGAUAUUCCAAAGCAUACUAUGAGAGCUGUAGGAACAAAUUGUCAAUUCUGCAUUACUGGUAUGGGGUGCUUUGUUCGAAAAAAUGUUCCAUUGCAAAUUAAGAAGUGGUCUGAGCUCUCAAGAGAAGAUGUUGCUUUGCUAAUUCGUCAUGCCCGUGAAAAAUUCAAGUUGAGCAAUGAGUCUCAUGUGGAUGAGGCAAUUGAGAAACAUAUGAUGAGAUAUUUUACCACUUGGCGCUAUAAUUUGCGUAAGAAAUUUCUGAAAUAUGACUCAAUAGAGGAAGCUGUAGAAAAUCGACCUGAAGAUGUGGAAGAGGAAGAUUGGAACUAUUUGAUUGCAAAUCUGUGGCAAGAUGGAAAGUGGCUGGAAACAAGUGAAAAAAACAAGAAAAACAGAGAUAAGUUGGAGAUAACACAUUGUGCAGGGACAAAGGCAUUUAGUCGCCUUAGAACUGAAAAUCGAAAUCCUGAGAAUGGAGAGGAAGUUGGUCGUAUUGACCUUUUCAAGCUCACACGAUAUAGCGAAAAGAAAUCUGCAUGGGUUGGUGAUACUGCAAAGAAUGCUUUUGAAGAGAUGAAGAAUCUACAAAACGUCCCACAAAUGAAUGAAGAAACUGGUGAAAUAAUGACUGAAGAUGAGAUCUAUGAUAAAGUUCUUUCAAAAAUUGUUGGUCCACCUCGAUCAGGCUAUAUACGCGGCUUAGGAGCUGGGCCAAAGCCUAAAAGAUCUAAACUUGCAGCAAAUGAUGCUCAACUGAGGGAGGCAAAUCAAAGGGCAGAUCAAGCAGAAAGACGAGCAAUGCAGCUUGUAGAGGAGUUGAUGGCUGUGAAGUCUACUGCAGCUCAGCAAAAUGAGGAGUUAAAGACAGUCAAAGCUGAUGCAGCUCAGCAAAAUGAAGAGUUAAAGGCAGUAAAGGCUAGAGCUACUCAACAAAAUGAAGAGUUAGAGGCACUAAAGGCAAGACAAAAUCAGACUGACACACUUUUACUUAAAUUGAUGGCACAAUUAUCCCAAAACUAGAGAUUUGGUCUAAGCUUCAAAAAGUACGUACAUCUUGCAAACUCUCAUUCAAGGCUCAUUGAACUUCUAGAAAGACUUGAACGUAUUUUUGUCUAUUUUGAAAUUGUUAUCAAAGAUGGAUAUUAACAUCUCUAUAUUUUGG